AUGUCACAAAAAUUUUAUUCUUAAAUACUUGCUUGGUGUUUAUCCGAAAUCCGAAUGGAACUAAGUCAUCUGAAUUAUUAAAUUUCUUUUGGUAACAGUCGAUCUUUAAAUACAAGAUGCCGUUAACCGCUGACGUCGCAGCACAGCAAGUUCAAGAACGAUUAAGAUCUCUGCAUAGAUUGAUAUAUGACAUAGAAGCAGAGAGAAGUUGUAAUGAGCAAUGUAUUGAUUCAAUAUUGAGAGCUGAGAAAGCUGUGGAAUCCUCUUCAUCUGCUGAAGAUUCUUCUAGUUCUUCUCAACAGCAAAUGCAGCUAAAGAGUUUAUAUAAAGCCGGACUUACGGCUGCCGAACAAGAAGAGAGAGUUCUCCGUGCAGCUCUAUCACGAAUUUAUGAAAUACGCGCAAUAAAAAAUGAAAGACGUAUUCAAGCUCGUCAUGCUGGUAACAAGGAGACAAUAGGCUGUGGAGCUCUAAUGAAGAUGCUGCUGAGCGCGGCGCAGACGCUGCCGUUGCACGUUGGCCGUGUGGGUGAGCGCGCUCCGCCGUUGUGUGGCGCCGUACCCGCCGACGCCGGACAUAUUGCGCGCGCUGGGGACGCUGUCGCCGCACUUGUCAGGGUCUCCGAGAAAGAGGAGAACUGGAUUCUUGCUGAGGUAGUGAGCUGGCUGCCGGCGCAGGGGAAGUACGAAGUGGACGACAUCGAUGAAGAGCAGAAGAACCGGCAUGUGUUGAGCAAGCGGCGCGUGGUGGCGCUGCCGCUAAUGCGGGCCGACCCGCGAACGGACGAGCAUGCGCUAUUCCCCAAGGGCGCUGUGGUCAUGGCGCUGUACCCGCAGACCACGUGCUUCUACCGCGCCGUCGUCAACCGUCUGCCCGCCUGCGCCGCCGACCCCUACGAAGUCUUGUUCGAGGACUCCUCUUAUGCGGACGGAUAUUCUCCGGCAGAACGUGUCGCUCAACGAUACGUUAUUGCUAUCAAAGAAGGAAAGGGUCGCGGCACCUGACACUCGCGCUCGGCCCCGCCCUCUGCGCGCUCGUCGCCGCUGUCCACGGACUCGCUGCACUGAACUCUUGUCGACCGCGAUUGAAGGCGUUGCGCGUUGCGUAUAAAUAUUAUAGACUAUUGGUUCCAAUUAAGUGUAAAUUUACGCUAUGAUGGACUGAAUUAUUCUUAUAUAAUUAUAAAUGUUGGUGUAGCAUUCAUUUGACUUGACUAUUAAAUAUGAUAAGUUAUUUAAAUAUCAUUUUAAUAUUUGUAAUAAGUGUCAUUGAUGUACUGACUCUACCGCCGAGUUGGGCCAUUAAAAUAAUUUGUUGUGCACCUGUUUUUGCGCACACACUUGUGCACUUAGUUAGUCUCAGAAGAAUUUCCUCCUUGACCGUAAUCUGCCAGAACAUCAUUAUCAUCAUAAAAAAAAAAAUGUAAUAUUGUCGGUAGUUUUUUAAUUCAUAGAAUUAAUGUUUGCGCAUAUAUAAUAAUUAUUGUUUAAUUUGCAAAUAGGUACAUCAGUUAUAUUUAGAAAGUUUAUAAAUCAAUAUUUAUCCUGACUUUAAAUAUGAUGAACUAUAUACUUAGAAAACAUCUUGAAAUUACUGUAUUUUUAUUUCGAACUAUUCAAUUAUAUAUUUAUAUAUAAAAAAAAUACUGUGCUUAUAUAAAACAUGUAAAAAUACUUUUUUUAGUAAAUUUAUAAUCUUUUAGAUUGUAGGUUAAAAGUUGCCCGAAGUAAUCCAAUGACCUUUAUUGUAGUCUAAUAUACGAAUAUUAUAAUGUAAAAGUUUAAAUGUUUAUUUCAC